UACAAUGAUGCGAUGAGAAUGAUCGUCAAACAUUGAGGAAGUAGUAACAUGAUUCCCAAUCCCAACGUUUAUUCAAUGAGCGAGGAGGGGAAAAACAGGGGAAUAGCCAUCGAUAAUGAAAACCCUUAUUAUGGCACAUUUCAAGGUGUGACUAACUACUAUCCUCACAAUCAACAUCCACCUUCCCCUUCUGGUGUCCCUUACGCUUAUUAUCAACGACAAGGAUAUCAUUCCAUCCCAGUUUAUGUCGCUGCUGAAGGAAGACCCGUAAGAGAAUAUCGUCUUCCUUGUUGCGGACUUGGUCUUGGUUGGUUCUUGUUUAUAUGUGGCUGGUUUCUUGGGGGUGUCCCCUGGUAUUUUGGAACUUUCAUUCUGAUGUUUGUACAGAUGGAUUGUCGAGAAAAACCUGGAUUAAUUGCAUGUGCGCUUGCUUCCUUCGUCACUUUAAUAAUUGUUGCCCUUGGUGUCACGCAUGGAGAUCUUGGUAAUUGGACAUGAAGCACAACUUUUAUUGUACCUUUGGACAUGCACAAUGUUGUGAAACUUGUUGUAAUCUACAUUGACACCAAAAUAUACUCUUAAAUAUUGACUAUGUUAUAAUAUAGUAUUACCACCAAUCUUUCUAUCACCUUCCUAACACCAACACUUUGGUUACUAAUUCAUUGCUUUUACCACUAUUAUAGCGACAUUAUCCAAGGUUGUC